AUGAGUACAUUUGAAGAGGGUCCUGAUCCAGUAACAGUAGAGAUUGUGAGUUCUGUCUUACUUACUGAGGACACAGACAGGGACCUCAUUCUAUGCCUUCAGAAAGAAGCAGAUGAAAUUGAAAACACUACUGAACAUCCAAAUAAGAGGCUUCGCUUGUCUUCAGAGGUUGAUGAGACUCACUGCAUGCCAGCUGCUGCAUUCCCAGUACCAGAAAUGGAUCAGAGCUUUGAUUUUGACACAACCAGGGCUACAGAGGUGGAAGAUGAAGAGAUUACAGAAGGAACUAUGAUGCAAUUCCAGGUUUUACAAGAUAACAAACCAGAUGAAGAAUUUCCCUUAAUUAAUGAGGAAAAGUCAGUUGUUAGACAAGCAUGGUUGACAGGUAAAGAAGAUAAAGAUAAUCUAAACAAACAAGGACAUAAAUGGAAGCAGGGGAUGUGGUCCAAGGAAGAAACAAAUAUUUUGAUGAACAACAUUGAACGCUAUAUGCAGGAACAUGGAGUAGAGAAUGUUGCAGAAAUCAUUUUUAAGAUGUCAAAAGGUAAACGCAAAGAUUUCUACAGGUCUAUAUCACUGGGUCUGAAUCGGCCUUUGUUUUCAGUUUAUAGAAGAGUGAUCCGAAUGUAUGAUGACAGAAACCAUGUGGGAAAGUACUCCCCUGAAGAAAUUGAGAAGCUCAAGGAGCUCUGGCAGGAGUACGGCAAUGACUGGAUAAAAAUAGGUGCCGCCAUGGGGAGAAGUCCAUCUUCUGUGAAAGACCGGUGCCGACUGAUGAAACAUCCUUGCAAGGCAGGAAAAUGGACCGAAGAAGAAGAACAGAUUCUUGUAGAUGCAGUGCAUGAACUGACAUGCACUGAGGUGGGUGAGAAAGUCACGCAGGGUGUGUGCUGGGCAGCUGUGGCUCAACGAGUAGGUACUCGCUCAGCAAAGCAAUGUCGUACUAAAUGGCUCAACUACAUGAACUGGAAACAGGCUGGAGGAAUUGAGUGGUCCAGGAAAGAUGAAGUCGCUCUCAUCCACAGACUAGCAGAGCUUGAUGUAGCUGAUGAAAAUGAAAUUCACUGGGAUGACUUAGCUGAAGGAUGGGAAAGUGUUCGUUCACCACAAUGGCUGCGUAGUAAAUGGUGGGCCAUCAAAAGGCAAAUUACAAACCAUAAGGACUUUGCAUUCCCAGUAAUAGUACAAUGUCUUCAACAAGUAUAUGAGAGCCAAAAUGCCAGCCUCAAGUUUUGGGAGAAUAAAUCAGAAUUUGAAGUGUCAGAUAUCAACCCUGAUAUCAGUGUUCAACAUGUCCCCUUCGCAGUCACUGAUGAAGAAGAUAAUAGUACAUCAAUCUGUGCAGUCCCUGUGACAGGAUGGCAAAUUACACUAGAGCUCGUCCCUGGCUCCUCAACAGACUACCAUGCAACCAUUUUUAACUCUGAAACAAUAACCCUGCCCAGUGAACAUCAAUAG